AAGUGACACACAAAAAUUUGUGAUUUUCAAUGAAUUUUCAACCAAUAACAGAAAAAUGUGUUUAAAAGAGUGCACUAGAGAUUUUGUUGUUAGCAUUUGCCUUUAGCAUACAUAUGACCGGAUGACAGUGUAAACAAGUUUUGAGGAGAGCUACUGCUAGCAAGUAGCUACAUACUCUCUACUGUUUGUUAAAAUUUACUGGAUAUUACAAAAUAAUGUGUGGAGCUUAUUGAAUAAGUGAAACUCACUAAAUUUUGUGAUUUUCAAUAAAUCUCAGUCAAUAAAGAAUAAAGAAGAAUGUGUUCAAAAAAGAAUAUGUUGGAGAGUGUGUGCUAGCAUUUCUAAAAGCUCAGUAUAUUUAAAUUAUUUUUUUGUAAAUUUAUUUUAGAAUAAAUAAUAUAUGCACUAUGUGGUGAUGAUGUAUUAGAAUGCCAUCCGAAUAUCCGAUUACAAACUGCCAUACGUUGUAAAUUUGCUGACUAUGCAAUGAUGAUGUAAAUUCUCUUUCUUUGGGUGUUUUUAGCUGAACAGGAAGUUGAGCAAGAAAAGCAAGUAUCACUUGUCUGAUGGAGAGGAGAAUGACUUUGAGGGAAUUGAUUCUCUUGGAAGAGAUGAUUUUGAGGAUGAGAUGCUUCCUGAUGAUAUUGAUGCUGAGACUGAUGAGAAAUUAGAUUUGGUUCAACGGAGCAUGCAGAUUCCGGGGGAAACUAGUGCGGAUGAUGGGGAGGAAAAUAGACAUAAAAGCAAGAAGGAAGUGAUGGAGGAAAUUAUCUCAAAAAGCAAGUUUUACAAGGCUCAAAAGGCAAAGGAUAAAGAAGAAAAUGAAAACUUGGUGGAAGAAUUGGAUAAGGAUUUCACUUCCUUGGUUCAGUCUGAAGCCUUGUUAUCUUUGACUGAACCCAACAAGAUGAAUGCUUUGAAGGCUCUGGUGAACAAAAGUAUUUCAAAUGAUCAAAGUAAUAAGGACCAGAUGUCUGCUACUCGGACAAUGGAUAAUUCUGUGCAGGAAAAACCUGAUGAUUAUGACAAACUUGUCAAACAAAUGGGGUUGGAAAUGCGUGCUCGCCCUUCAGAUAGGACAAAGACACCAGAGGAGAUUGCUCAGGAGGAAAAAGAACGUCUAGAGCAAUUGGAGGAAGAGCGGCAGAAGAGGAUGGUUGCUGCUGAAGAUUCAAGUGAUGAAGACAAUGAAGAUUCAGAAAAGCCAUUUGAACAGAAACCAAGAUCUAUAUCUGGUGAUGAUCUUGGUGAUUCCUUUUCUGUUAAUGAACAAAUUAUGACCAAGAAGGGUUGGGUUGAUGAGAUUCUUGAAAGAAGAGAUGAGGAAGAUUCUUCUAGUGAAGAUGAUGAUGGUGAAGAUCCUGACAAUUUGGGAAGCUCUGAAGAUGCUGAUGAAGGAUCAGAUGAAGAUCUUGAUGAACACGAGAAGGAUCUUUCUUUAAAAGAUUGGGAACAAAGUGAUGAUGAUGAUAUUGGUGCAGAUUUAGAAGAUGAAGAUGAUAGUGAUGAGAAUAUAGAAACAGCUGCAGAAGACCUUGAUGAGGUAAAAGGAUCGGAUGCUGCAGUUCAUAUAAAAAAGCAAAAAGAAAUGCUUCUGUUGAAAUCAAAAGAGUUGGACAUUCCUUAUAUAAUUCAAGCUCCGAAGACCUUUGAAGAAUUAUGUUCACUGGUGGAUAAACAUUCAAAUGACAACGUUAUUUUGAUCAUCAAUCGGAUUCGGAAAAGUAAUCCAAUCACACUCGCAGCAGAAAAUCGAAAGAAAAUGCAAGUAUUCUAUGGAGUAUUGUUGCAAUAUUUUGCUGUUUUGGCAAAUAAGGAACCACUUAAUGUUGAGUUACUCAAUAUGCUGGUGAAACCGUUGAUAGAGAUGAGUAAGGAAAUCCCAUACUUUGCUGCAAUAUGUGCUCGUCGCAGAAUAGAAGCUACCAGAAAACAAUUCAUUGAAAGUAUCAAACAAUCAGAAAGUAGCAGUUGGUCUUCUUCAAAAACGUUGUGCCUCUUGCGUUUGUGGUCCAUGAUAUUUCCAUGCUCUGACUUUAGGCAUCCAGUUAUGACUCCUGUGAUAUUGUUGAUGUGUGAAUAUCUGAUGCGUUGCCCAAUAGUAUCUGGUCGUGAUAUUGCCAUUGGCUCUUUCUUAUGCUCUAUGCUUCUCUCAGUAAGUAGACAGUCUCGAAAAUUCUGUCCUGAAGCAAUAAUAUUUCUUCGAACUUCGCUGUUGGCAGCUACUGAAAGUAAACAUGUUUCAGAUGAAGAUUCCCAGUUAUAUCAUCUUAUGGAACUGAAAGCUAUCAAACCUCUCCUAUGCAUUCAGGAGACAGUGAAUGAGAUUAGUCCUCUGAAUUUCUUCAAAAUAAUAGACAUGCCAGAAGACUCUUCUUUCUUGACUUCUGUUAGUUUCAGGGCUAGUGUAUUAGUUGCAGUUGUUGAAACUUUACAAGGAUAUGUCAACGUCUAUGAAGGUUUAAGUUCAUUUCCUGAAAUGUUCCUACCAAUUUUUAAAUUAUUAAAUGAGAUAGCAGAACAAAAAAAUAUGCCAAAUGCAUUACGAGAUAAAAUUAAAGAUGUGGCUGAGCUCAUUAAGUUGAAAGUGGAUGAGCAUCACACUUUGAGGCGACCACUUCAAAUGCGGAAACAAAAGCCUGUACCAAUCAAAUUACUGAAUCCCAAGUUUGAGGAGAACUAUGUCAAGGGUAGAGACUAUGAUCCUGAUCGUGAACAAGCUGAACUGAGAAAAUUGAAGAAACAGUUGAAGUGUGAAGCUAAAGGGGCUGCACGAGAAUUGCGUAAAGACAACUACUUCUUGCUGGAGGUGAAGGAAAAAGAGAGGUCUUUACAGGAAAAAGAUAGAGCAGAGAAGUAUGGAAGAGCUAAAGCUUUCCUUCAAGAGCAAGAACAUGCCUUUAAAUCAGGACAAUUAGGAAAAGGGAGAAAAAGGAGGAGAUAAAAACUUGUGUAUUUUUACCCUUGCACAGCCUAGCCUAAAGAGUGGAUAAAUCAAGAACAUGCUUGGAAUAUUUAUGGUGGUUCACUAUAACCUAGGCCUUCCUUUCCUCACUCACUAUUAAAAGUUGAAGCAAAUGGUGGUGUGAUAUGGUAUAAAGAUAUCUAUUUUGACUAUGUCCUUGCCUUCCCAACUUAAUCUUCUGGGAAGGAAAGGAAUGCGUUGCUCUUGUAUUCACGUAUGAGGAUUGGGAGAAUUGUAAGGGUUUGCAACUUCAUCUAAGUUCUCUCUCUGUAAACAUUCAUAGCCACCUUUGUUGAACCAAGAUAAAAUUUUGCAUAUGAAUUUUCAAUCUAAUUUGUACUCAAUUUCCCUUCGACAAUGAUAUGAAUUCAAAUUCCACCCA